AAGCUCAUCACCAAACUUUUUUUGAAACAUUGUUUCGGCACAGAAAGAAAAUGAGGUUAACCAUGCUUCUGCUGCUGCUCUGUUUAAUAUGCUUCUAUGGGACGGUGGCUCCUGCAAAAGUAUGUGGUCGACCGCCUGCCUCUGAUGACUACGACAUUGGUAAUGUCCAGCGUGUGUUUGAGGCAGGAGAACAGGUAACCCUUUCAUGUAAACCAGGCUACGUAAGAGUGGGUGGCUCCCCCAAGAUCACCUGCACUGCUACUGGAGAGUGGACUAAACGCACCCUUAAGUGUGAACCUAAGAGCUGCCCUGUUCCCAGUAAGCCAAAAAACGGAGGGAUGGAGAUAAUCAGUAUUGUGUACCAGAGUGUCAUCAACUUUACUUGUGAUGAAGGGUACAAUCUGAUUGGAGCCAACAGCACUGAAUGCUUACACACUGGUCAAUGGAGCCACCCUACUCCAGAGUGCAAACCUGUGACCUGCGGCCUGCCUGACAUUCCCAAAUUCGCUAAAAUUAUUUAUGAUAGAAAAUUUACUGGCAACGUGACUGAAUUUGGAUUCAGUGGCACCUACGCGUGUUUGCCACCAAUGGUGCUGUUUGGUAACGAGAGAGCAUCAUGCACAGCUGACGGUACUUGGACCAAGCCGCCGGAAUGCCAGUAUGUGUCUUGCCCUAUACCAACAACAAUAGAAAACGGAUUCAUUACAUUUGCAGUACUAAGGGAACACAGUUACAAGGACCGAGUGAAAUACGGAUGCAAUAAGAAUUAUUUUCUAGAUGGUUCUGUGGAAACUGAAUGUCAAAAAACAGGAGAAUGGUCACCAAAACCUGUCUGUAGAGCUCCUUGCACAGUUGACAUCAAGAGAGGGCGUAUCUUUUACAAUGGGAAGAAAGUAUGGAUAGAGGAUCUGAAGCCAAACAUGGUUCUGCACUCAGAGUAUGUGGCUGUCUAUUGUCUGAACCGAGAAAAGGAGUGUGGGUAUCCAGUAGUCACUCAGUGCAUUGAUGGUACAAUGAAAAUUCCAGAAUGUUAUGAAGAACCAAAUGCGGCGACUUAUGCUGUACGCUCUGGCUCACUGCCAUCAGAGAUAAAGAUGUGUGUAUAGAAGCCACAUCAAAUCUGAAUCCAUUCAUCUGAAUGUGUGUGUAUAGAAUCCACAUCAAAUCUGGAUCAGUUCAUCUGAAGAACACCAAAAUGAAGAAGUUAGUGAUGAAUAACUAAGAAUCUUUCAAAUAUGUCUGUGAACCAUUAGGUGAAGUUUGAGAUAUGAGUACCUGUGCUGUCUGUUUAAAUAAAGUAUGGUUUUACCCAUGAGCUGUACUUG